AAUAUUUGUGUAUAGCUUAAACACUUAAAAUAUCUUUUGGAGGAGAAUGGAGCCUGUAGACGAGUUCUCAGAGGGGCACAGCAAUCCCAUGGUUUAUGUUCUGUGCUUUCAGACAAAGGCCAAGUCUUGCAAACGUGAUCUCUGCAGCUCUUACUGUCCUGAGCGCUCUGUGUUUUGCUGCCACAGGCAGAACUGGCUGCGCUCGGGGGCGAAAGGCAGGAAGCGGCGAGGCCUGAAAUGCGCUGGCCGCCCCGUUCUGCUCGCCAUGAACAGGUACACGACCAUCAGGCAGCUCGGUGACGGCACCUACGGCUCUGUCCUCCUGGGGAGAAGCAUCGAAUCCGGGGAGCUCAUCGCUAUUAAAAAAAUGAAGAGAAAGUUUUACUCCUGGGAGGAAUGCAUGAAUCUUCGAGAGGUUAAGUCUUUGAAGAAAUUAAACCAUGCCAACGUAGUAAAACUAAAAGAAGUAAUCAGGGAAAAUGAUCAUCUCUAUUUUGUGUUUGAAUACAUGAAAGAAAACCUKUAUCAGUUGAUGAAAGAAAGAAACAAACUGUUUCCAGAAUCUACAGUUAGGAAUAUUAUGUAUCAGAUCCUGCAAGGACUUGCAUUUAUCCACAAGCAUGGCUUCUUUCACAGAGACUUGAAACCUGAAAACCUCCUUUGCAUGGGGCCGGAACUUGUGAAAAUAGCAGACUUUGGCUUAGCCCGAGAAAUCCGCUCUCGACCUCCUUACACAGAUUACGUAUCCACAAGAUGGUACAGGGCUCCUGAAGUCCUGCUGAGAUCUACCAGCUAUAGUUCGCCAAUAGAUAUCUGGGCUGUUGGUUGUAUAAUGGCAGAAGUGUACACACUGAGGCCUCUCUUCCCAGGUGCCAGUGAAAUUGAUACUAUAUUCAAGAUUUGCCAAGUCUUGGGGACUCCAAAGAAGAAUGACUGGCCUGAGGGCUACCAACUUGCGUCCUCCAUGAGUUUUCGCUGGCCUCAGUGUGUACCUAACAACCUAAAAACCCUCAUACCCAAUGCCAGCAGUGAAGCAGUGCAGCUCAUGAGAGACAUGCUGCAGUGGGACCCCAAAAAACGGCCAACAGCUAGUCAGGCACUGCGAUACCCAUACUUCCAAGUUGGGCAUUCCCUGGGCGUUCAGGACCUGGGAAAACAGAAGGAACUGCAUGAUAAAUCAGCUCUGCAUCAUAUUAAGCCUGUGCCCCCAGCACAGCCCCCUCCAAAACCCCACGCACGGGUUUCGUCGAGGCCGUUCCAGCAAAGCCAGCCUGCUCAGCAGGGCAUGUGUCUGUACAAGGCAGAGCCUUGCGGAGCCGAGCCCAGCAGCCAGCUGCGGGAGGACAAGUCUAGCCAGGUGCUGCUGCCUGCAAUUCACAAUAAGGUCCCUGCGCAGAAAAUACCUGUUGGGGCUGAAAACAUAAACAGCGAGCUCCAGCCUAAAGCCAGGCGAAGAUGGGGGCAUCUGGCUAGAACAGUGAAGAGUUCGGAAGCCUGGGAUGACUUGGAAGAUCUUGAUUUUGGCUCUUCCCUCUCGAGAGCUGACCUGAAGAAUAAGAAGAGGCAGAGUGAUGAAACUCUUUUUAGAUUUGAAAGCAUUUUGGACCUGAAGCCCUCGGAUGCUGCAGGUUCUGGCAAGAGCGCGCCCUCGCAUGCUGCCUUCCCCAGGCAGGACACUCCCACCCUGCGAGUUUCUGCAGCAAAGCAGCACUACUUGAGGCAUGCUAGGUAUCUACCUGGAAUAAGCACAAGGAAUAGCAUAGUUUCCACUUCAAGCAAAGAGUCUGUUCCAUCUAAUCCGUGGCCUAGUUCUUGUUUGCCUGGGAAAGCUUCAGCUUUGGGAGGAAGUAUCAACAGGAUGAAUUCAGGGCCUGUAGGAUCGAGUGCUCUCACUAGUGGCUACAUCCCUUCGUUUCUGAAGAAGGAAGUAGGCUCUGCUGGRCAGAGGGUUCAGUUGGCACCAAUUGUGGAUCCAUCUUCAAAUUAUGCUUCUUUGAAGUCAAUAGGGCCCCAUCUUGGACGACCACCAUUUAAUUCACCCUCGAGAAGCACGCCAAGGUUAAUGCCCCUGCCACCACCCGCCCAGCCCAUCCACGGCCGUAUUGACUGGUCCUCCAAGUAUGGUGCUCACCGGUGACCUACGGAGCGGUGCAGGAUUCCCGGGAGCUGGGGACCAACAGGACACAAAUUGAUCCCAUUUCGCAAACCUGUAAAUUUAAAAGAAACAGAUGCUCUGAGUGAGACAUGCGGAAGUUUUUUACUUUUAUUUGUAUUAAUUUGACUACAGUCUUGUACCUUUUUGUAUAAAAUUUAUUAUAUAAUUGGGUCCAAUUAUUUUCAUAAAUCGGAUACAUUUUGUAUAUAUGGUUUAGGGGAGUUGCCAUUUUUAUAUGAUAAACUUUUAUAAUGAGCUUUUUUAAAUUUUAACUUUUUUCCUUUAUUGGAUUUUUUUAUGGAAGUGGUAGUAGAAGGAAGGCAAGGGGGUGCAACACUGCAGUGGAAGCAGCGCCAGGGAAGGGGCUUCCCGAGACCCUUCCUGGGGACCGGGCGCUCCGUGGGGCCUUACGGAAGUGGUUCCAGCCCCGUCCUGCUGCCACCUUGCUGUUGCCAUCCACUCAUUUGCUUCCCACGAGUGCUGCCCUUUGCAGCCUGUGGGAGGUUGCUGAAAGUCCCAAAUCCACAGGAGACUUUUGGGUGGAUUUAUUUUUGCCUUUACAAGGCUUUUGUUGGGCUGCAGUCUGGCUUUGCAGCCCCCUUCUCACUUCSCAUUGAGGGUUAAUGGGAAUUUGGCCUGGAGGAGCAGCAGGAACAGACUGGACUGUUCGGUUGGCUGCUUCAGACUGUGCUUUGCUUUUGCCAAGAAGCAAAAUGUGGGGGCAUCUUCUGUUUGGUGACGGGUAUUCAGUAGAUCUGUUCUCUGACAUAGUGUCUUUAUUUGUCCUGCUUCCAAGUCACUUCUUGGCCUAGUUCACUAUGAAAUAGAAUGUGGAUCCUCUUCUUUGAAUUUUAUUUCAAGMGUUCCUGUUGAUUUCUAAAGGAGAAAAGCAGAUUCUGUUGGUUUUUGUUUUUUUCUCCUGCAGUAGGGACCGUAGGAUCUGAAGACCUAUUUAAGACAGUAUUGACUAUGACAAAGCUGGUUUCGCAGAGUAGUAGUGAUAACCAGCAGCAGAGUUUAAGAAAACAGUACCUGUGCAGUUGACUAAUUUUUGACRCUAUUCCCCCAUUCCCACCCCCUGCUGCUACAAAUGAGUAAGUGGAAGUUUUUUCACCUUGAUACUUCACUUGCCAUGGAUGAGUGUGCGAUUUUCCAUAAAUUAGGCCCCAUUUUUCUACUGGAAAAGUGAGCUUACCCUCUGGUCUUAACUAAAACCAUUCUAAAAUUGAACUUGAUUGAUUUUACAGAUGCCAAUACAGUUCUUUGAAGGGGGAAGAAGGUAACUGGGUCUGAAAGAGCAGAGGAAUUAGUAGGUCAUAGACUUGGGGAGAUGGCCCCGCAGCUGGGAGGAUUCAGCUGUGGGGCAGAGGUCCAUUUAAAUGGCAGCCCCAGAGCUUUCCCAGGCCCAGGCAGUGGGCACUGGGGGGAGGCGGGGAGCAGGUUGCCCGUGUGGCAGGACGGGCAGCUCCUCAACAUGGGAGCAGAAGGAGCGGCCGUGUAGGACCCAUGUGCGCCAGGAUGUGGGAUGUGGGGUGUCCCCCUUCCCCAGGUACCCGUUCAUAGCAAAUACUGAUUGCGGGCUCCACGUAGCUGCCUSCAAGGCAGUGAUGCUGCUGCAGAGCUGAAAUCAGCGACACUGAUUCCUCAAGCACCCACUCGUGAGGUAUCUGGGCAAGCAGAAAGGGAAAAGGUAUAUGUUUGUGUUAGUUUUUUUUCUCCUGGUCACAAUAAAUAUUUAGAUAUCAUUGAACCUAUUUCCUCACUGGAGAAUUGCUCUGAAGGGAGAAAAGCCCUGUCGCUGUCACUGCCUAUUUAGGGCAGUCUGUUUCAUGCACUUGCCUCCCAUUUCCAUUAGUGGGAGUCAAGUCCUAAGGCUGUGUUCCAGGGGCCCAUCCUGCAGACACCAGCCAGCCUGUUUGUCCUGAGCUCUCUGCUGGGCCGGCCUGAGCGAGCUUACUACAGAGAGCUCUGCAGGCACCUGGUAGUUCUGCRAUGUUUUUCAUAUUUUCUCCCUUAUUUCUGCUGAAUAUGUGGAAUAGUUCCCAUCAUUAAAGGGGCUAGAGGAUGAAUCUGGGCCUGACCUGAACUUCCUGAACCUUCAGCACCCCUAACAAUUUCCUUGCAUAGAGCACUGAGCUUUGGGGUUAGUUCAGCAAUAAGUUUUCCUUUUUUUUAUAGUGAAGUCAUUUGUUAUAUCUUUUUUUCUCAAAUUAAACCCUUUAUUUUGGAAUUGGAAUGGWUUUAACUUCAGUUUGGGAAGGGAAAACUGUGGCGUAGGAAGUGUAAUGACAAUUAGUAACAACACUCUGUGCUCUUCCUGCUCAGGCAAAUUCCUGAUGAAAUUGGAGAAAGUUCUGUUUGACGAGGGGCUACCUUGCCUGCAUAUUUUAAUGUGCUUUCUCAGUGUGCAAUAUAGGUGGAAAAGGCAUUAGUCUUUUUAUUGUACUGAAAUCUGGCAGAAAAAGCAAAUGAGAAUUUGUCGUAUGUAAUGCACUACUUUGUCU